GCAGGGCAGGACCAGCUGGUGCUUGACUGGAGAUGCCUUAGCCGGGCUUGGAGCUGAGUGCACCUUCCCCACGGCCACUGAGGACUGGCUGCUUGCGGAUACGGAAGCUGGUGCCAGAGAGCCCCCCUUGCUGUCCUGUCUGGAUACAGGUUCCGGCUUCUGGGUGAAGAACCGCGUCGGUGUCCUGUGGCCCACUCGAAGGACUGGCUUUAGAACAGUGUGGAUUUGGGGUUCGGGGCUUUCGCGCUAUGGUUCCCCUGAGGGGCCUCCCAUUGCAGGUCGCUGUGCCCUGUUCCUGAGAGCCGAGGUGCAAGUGCACGAGACCAUGAGGCCUGUGUCUCCUGCAAGUAGCACAUCCCCCCUGCGGCUGCUGAACCGGGGCCCGGAGUAUCUCCGCCGGCAGAUGGAGGUGGGGAGCGGGGGCCGCACCCCGAGUGCCGUGGAGAGGCUGGAAGCCGACAAAGCCAAGUACGUCAAAACCCAGCAAGUGAUCAACAGCCGUCAGGAGCCGGUGCUGCGUAGCUGCCCCCCGUGGCCUUCCCCUCACAGCAGGAGGCGCCUGACUCUCCACCAGUGUCACGAGAUCUGUCAGAGCUCAGAGUUGGGCCGAGACAGCCCCAAGCAGAACGGCCCCAGGAAGCUGCUGCCUUCCCCCCAGUCCCCCGUGGCGCGCAGGGGCAGCAGCAAACGCCUGCUGAGGCCCGACUCCCUCAUCAUCUACCGGCAGAAACGGGACUGCACGGCCAUCAACAAGGAGAAUGCCAAGGGCUCCGGCCUGGUCAGGCGGCUCUUCCAGGGGCCUCUGAGAGACAAACUCCCCAGCUCCCCCUCCUCCAGGGGCCUGGGCGACAGGCGGCAGGGGCCGGAGAGAGACGAGACCCCCAUGGUGUGGGUGCCGGUGGAGAAGGAGGCUGUUAGAACGCAGAGCCCAGGGGGCGGCAUCUUCAGCCCGAACGCGAGCCCUGUGGCGCAGCCUCCACACAGCAGCCAGUCGGGGCCAGGCCCGAAGGAGGCCAAGAGGGAGCUGGCCCGAGGCUGCUCCCUGCCCCUCUCAGAGAAGGAGAGGUUUUUCAACUACUGCGGCUUGGACCGGGACCUGGUGGAGGUGCUGGGCAGGGAGAGGUUCGGGCCUGCUGGCUGGGACGCGGCCUCCUCCUUGCUCCUGGGGAGCGCGGGCUCGGCCGGCUCGGAGCGCAGCGGGCCGGCCCACUCCAGCGGCUGCGAAGCGGGGCCUGAUGCGGAGGAGCCGGGCGCACGGCGCUGCUCGACCGUCUCCAUUAUCGAGCGCAAUGCCCGGGUGAUCAAGUGGCUCUACAGCUGCCAGAGAGCCUGGGCGAUGUCCAGGGAGUCCACAGUCUGAGGGAAGGGUCCUUUAGAGACCCCGUCCUGUCUCAAGGGCUGGGGGCAGGCGAUCUCCACUCCAGCUCAGGACCUGUCCCGGCACUGGUCACGCCCGCCAGUCCUGCCUCCAGCGAAGGCAAUGGCAACCCCCCUGUCGCUCUCAGCGCGGGCAGGAGGCGGCCUGGGGCAUGAACCAGGCAGAUCGUUCGGCCCUUGACUGAACCAGACGCUCGUGGGGGUGAAGAUGCCCGGAGCUGGCACUUCCCAUGCUCCUGCCCUGUGUGUGCAGCUACCCACAAGCGCUUUUCUGCACUGGGGCUGCCAACUGGGGACUGUCAUGUAAAUGGGGGGGCCCAGGUGCUUCCAGCAAUGCAUGCCCUAAUCCUGCUGAGCGGGGGAGGGGGUGCGGGUGACAUUCACCUCUCAGGGCCAGUGUGCUCAAAACAGAGACUUUCCUCUUUUCAAUAUUUUAAAAUGUGCCCGGGGAAGGAAUUGUGCUGGGGGAGGGGUCUUGGAGCAGCUCCCCCUUGGGACUGGCGCUGGCACCUGAGCGUGGGACCAAUGGGACUGGAAGGGGAGACAAACUGGCCACUCCCUGCGUCCCCCUUGACUGGCCCUUUAACCCUUUCUCUGCUGCUACGCUCUCGGGCUGGCCCCUUCACCGAUGCAGCCAGCUCUGCAGAAGAUGAGAUCGUAAGGGCAGAAAUGGACCCUUUGGCUGUGUGGGCUCCUCCCUUGCUGAGCAAUCCAGGAAUGGCCGGAGGCACUGGCGUGACACUAGCAGGCUGGGGUGUGUUUAGGUGUACGGCUGCACCGUGAGAACGGGAUCCAGCGGUGUGGGCAGCCGUGGGACCUGGCUGUGCCAGCCCCAGGAGCCCCCCACGCUGCCAAACUUUCUUUUUUUUUUCAAGAGAAAUUAUUUCAUUUCGGCUGGAUCUGAAAAGUUCUGAA